CGGGGGCGCGCGUCCUGGGCGGUUCGGCUCAACAGACGCUGGUCUGCCGGCGCUGGGGCGCUACAGUGCGCUUGCUGCGAGUGCUGGGGCUGAGACUAGGCGGCGCGGCAGCAGGCCGGGCAGCCGACCGCCGCCCUCUCGCAGUGCGACCGCGGCGGCUGCGUCAGGGUCCCCAGGAGGCGGCCCAGGGCGUGAAUGCUCUGGGGGCGCAGCCAGUCCUGCAUGGGUCGGAGGAACCGGAGCUCCGGCGUCGCGAUUCUUAUGGAAAUCUGUUAAUUCUACUUUUUGAGCACUAUGAAUAACCACGUGUCUUCAAAGCCAUCUACUAUGAAGCUAAAACAUACCAUCAACCCCAUUCUUUUAUAUUUCAUACACUUUAUAAUAUCACUUUAUACUAUUUUAACAUACAUUCCAUAUUAUUUUUUGUCUGAGUCAAGACAACAAAAAUCAAACCAAAUUAAAGCAAAGCCUGUAAAUUCAAAACCUGAGUCUGCAUACAGAUCUGUUAACUGCUUGGAUGGUUUGGCCUCAGUAUUAUACCCUGGAUGUGAUACACUAGAUAAAGUUUUUAUGCACGCAAAAAACAAAUUCAAGGACAAAAGACUCUUGGGAACACGUGAAAUUUUAAAUGAGGAAGAUGAAGUGCAACCAAAUGGAAAAAUUUUUAAAAAGGUUAUUCUUGGGAACUAUAAUUGGCUAUCCUUUGAAGAUGUCUUCGUUAGAGCUUUUAAUUUCGGAAAUGGCUUACAGAUAUUGGGUCAGAAACCAAAGACCAACAUUGCCAUCUUCUGUGAAACCAGGGCUGAAUGGAUGAUCGCUGCACAGGCCUGCUUCAUGUAUAAUUUUCAGCUUGUUACGUUGUAUGCUACCCUAGGGGGUCCAGCGAUUGUUCAUGGAUUAAAUGAAACAGAGGUGACCAACAUCAUUACCAGUAAAGAACUCUUACAAACAAAGUUGAAGGAUAUAGUUUCUCUAGUCCCAUGUCUGCGUCACAUCAUCACUGUGGACGGUAAGCCACCGACCUGGUCUGAGUUUCCCAAGGGUGUCAUCGUGCACACCAUGGCAGCAGUGCAGGCUCUGGGAGCCAAGGCCAGCGUGGAAAACAAACCUCAUAGCAAACCAGUGCCCUCAGAUAUUGCAGUAAUCAUGUACACAAGUGGAUCCACAGGACUUCCAAAGGGGGUCAUGAUCUCCCAUAGUAACCUUAUUGCUGGUAUAACUGGGAUGGCAGAAAGGAUUCCAGAACUGGGGGAGAAAGAUGUUUACGUCGGAUAUCUGCCUUUGGCCCAUGUUUUAGAAUUAAGUGCUGAGCUUGUUUGUCUUUCUCAUGGAUGCUGCAUUGGCUACUCUUCACCACAGACUUUAGCAGAUCAGUCUUCAAAAAUAAAAAAAGGAAGCAAAGGAGAUACAUCCAUAUUGAAACCCACACUGAUGGCAGCUGUCCCGGAAAUCAUGGAUCGGAUCUACAAAAAUGUCAUGAAUAAAGUGAAUGAAAUGAGUAAUUUUCAACGCACUCUGUUUAUUCUCGCCUAUAAUUACAAAAUGGAACAGAUUUCAAAAGGGCGUGGUACUCCACUGUGUGAUAGCUUUGUUUUCCGGAAAGUUCGAAGCUUGCUAGGUGGAAAUAUUCGGCUUCUCUUGUGUGGAGGUGCUCCACUUUCUGCAACCACACAGAGAUUCAUGAACAUCUGUUUUUGCUGUCCUGUCGGUCAGGGUUAUGGACUCACUGAAUCUUGUGGGGCUGGAACAAUUACAGAAGUGUGGGACUACAAUACUGGCAGAGUGGGAGCACCAUUAGUUUGCUGUGAAAUCAAAUUAAAGAACUGGGAGGAAGGUGGAUACUUUAAUACUGAUAAACCACAUCCUAGGGGUGAAAUUAUUAUUGGUGGCCAAAAUGUGACAAUGGGAUACUACAAAAAUGAAGCAAAAACAAAAGCUGAUUUUUUUGAAGAUGAAAAUGGACAGAGGUGGCUCUGUACUGGAGAUAUUGGAGAGUUUGACCCUGAUGGUUGUUUGAAGAUUAUUGAUCGUAAAAAGGACCUUGUAAAACUACAGGCAGGAGAAUAUGUUUCUCUUGGGAAAGUAGAGGCAGCUUUGAAGAAUCUCUCACUAAUAGAUAACAUUUGUGCAUAUGCAAACAGUUAUCAUUCUUAUGUCAUUGGAUUUGUUGUGCCGAAUCAAAAGGAGCUAACGGAACUAGCACGAAAGAGGGGACUUCGAGGGACCUGGGAGGAGCUGUGUAACAGCUGCGAAAUGGAGAACGAGGUGCUCAAAGCGCUCUCUGAAGCCGCUGUUUCAGCAAGUCUGGAAAAGUUUGAAAUUCCAGUAAAAAUUCGUUUGAGCCCUGAACCGUGGACCCCUGAAACUGGUCUGGUGACAGAUGCCUUCAAGCUGAAACGCAAAGAGCUUAAAACACAUUACCAGGCGGACAUUGAGCGAAUGUAUGGAAGAAAAUAAUUCUCCUCUUUCAGCGUCAGUUUGCUGCAGGGAGCUCAGAUCAAAUAGGAAAAUACUUGAAAUGCAUGUCUCAGACUGUGAGGCAGACUCCAUUCCUCAUAUUAAACCUAAGCUGUUAUUUCUCAUGACAUCACCAUUUUUAACUAACAGGAUUAGUAAAAUAUUAAGACAGCAAA